GCCCAAACGAGGUACGCCAUCUACAACACGUCGGACAGGACCUCGGAAACCGCAUUACGAGGAUGUCCAGGUGCAUCUACUGCGGCCAUAAAUUCCAGGGCGCACAGUAUGUCGCAGCAAGGCACUUCAAGCAGGGGAAGGGUUGUCCAGGGGUGACAAACAAGGCACUCGUUGAUAUCCCCUGCAACAGCACCUACAAGAUGGAGGGCAAGCAGUUGGAGCAGAUAGAGCGGCACGUGGAACUCUAUGGCAGUGCGCCACCUAUGGAUGUAGACGAUGCGGCAGGAGGGGCGGGCACAUUAGGUGCAGGCGGUGAUGAAGUGGCAGGGCAUGGAGUGAAUAAUAUGUCGAUGUCAUCGACGACGUGGCGUAGGAGCAUGUGCAAGCGCCGUACAGGCAACGGCCUACGAAGGCUGUAGUUGGAUCGCAUUGGUAUGCAUAUGUCGCGCAGCAUGCAGUGGACUCAACAAUUGCAGAUUGAUAUGGCAAGAGAGCUCCACGUACUGCCCAGUGCCACAACUCAGCUCAACUUCAGGAAGGUGCAGGAGCGGUGCCAGAUGAUGACGGAGCGAGCACACGCUGGCGCUUAUCUUUUGUGCCCCAACCGUCAUGACAUGAGGUAUUUUUCAGUGGGGUGGUCGAUUCAUACCACAGUCGGUCACGAAGACUUACAUCCUCUCAAAGACCGGUUGCACGUCGCCAGCGAUUUGUAUUCGCGAGCAUGCGACCAGUUUCGAGAUUUCCAUGUGCGCGACGCAGCGAUUGGUUGGGGUGGUGUGGACGUGUACCGAUACGCACGUAGUGCGGCAGCCAUUUUGAGACCAUCGACUCCACAAAUUGGUGGUCCAAGUUCGGACAUUGCGCACCUCAGCUGCCCCAACCAUCAUGACAUGAGGUAUUUUAGUGGGGUGGUCGAUUCAUACCGCAGCCGGUUAGUGACGAUGGCGGAGACUUACAUCCUCUCGCAGACCGGUUGCACGUCGCCAGCGAUUUUUGCGAAAAGUGGCGGGGACAGUGAUUGGAGCGACCCUGGAGAUGUUCAUAGACGGAGCGGUGGGAUAGACGUAUUCGGGGACGAGGAGGGAGUGGAGGAGGGAGUGGAGGAGGGAGUGGAGGAGGGAGUGGAGGAGUUAUGGGGCCAGUACGGUGACACGGCGGAUGUUUCUCAUUUCGUGACGGACAUGGCAAGAGAGUUUGGUGUUGGGCAGGGGAUACCGUUCGGCCAUACCACUUAUGUUGUCGCUGCGGCUUGUACCACAAGGGGGACUGCCAUGAUGCAUGGGUCGUCGACCCGCCCUGGGACGCCAGCCCGACGUCAAGAUUUGGACGGGCCACCGUCAGGUGCUAUGGAGGGUAGGUGUGGGCAUCGUUGGCGAGUCACCAUGCCCUUUCAGCGAUCUAGGGUCUAUGGGGGUGCCCCCUGGCGUCGCUGGCAAGAGUCCGUCUUGAGGCGGGACAUGGGCAACGUCUUGGGUAUAUUGGCGAGGUUAUGCCGGGUUGCUUCACACCUCGCAUGCGCCAUGAGCUUGGUUUUGCCCCCUUCAAGGGGCGGGGAUGGCGGACCGGAGGGAGUGGAGGCCGACUACAACACGACACCCACAAGAGAGACGGCCUCAAAGAGGGAGGAUAGGUUGGAUAGCAAGUGUGCACAACUCCUUGACCGCGAAUGUCAUAUCGCGCAAGAGAUGGCACGCACAAGAGGAGCGCGGCCUUCAAACGGGCACGUGUACACGUGAGUCACUCGCACCCCCAACCGAUCAUGCAUAGGCGAAGGUCGACGACCCAGCAUCCACGCUGUGGUUAGCGGUCCAUCCACAUCA